AAAUUCUCUUUGAUUCUAAGCAAUCGAGUGUGGACCGUGUUAAAUUGAAAAUUCUCUUUAAUAAAAAUAUUAUUUGGGUAAUUCGCCAGAGUUGUUGUUGAAUUGUAUUGGUAUACCAUUCCACAGAAGCCACAGUAGCAAGAAUAGAAUACGAAUAGAACAAUUUAAUUGGCAACAAGCUAACCCGUAAGCUCUGUUCUUCUUCUGUUGGUAAAUCUCAGACCAUAGUUUUAUACAAGUAUGAAUUCAUGGGGACAAGAUCAAUAUGGAAUGCCUAUGCCGAUGCCAGGAAUGAACCAAGUUAUGAGUAGUAUGAAUUCAGCCGUACAAAUGUUGCCUCAAAUGUGCCUUAUGCCGGAUGUAAACACGCCUCUCAAUCCAUCCGCAAUACCAGCGACUUUAAUAGGACCAGUACAGCCUGAGAACAUAUCCAAUCAAGAAAACGCUAUACAACCUAGUCAAGACCAAUUGUCUGGAAAUAAUGAUGAAUCAAGGCAAACAAGUGAUAAACACAACAAAGAUAGAUCAAGAGAUGGAAAUAAUCGGCGCCAUCGUUCAAGAUCUAAAGACAAUCGUGAUAGAUUUGAUAGGAGUGGUAGAAGAGACAGAAAUGAUCGACAUGAUAGAGACCGAACUGAUAACAGGAGAAGAGAUCGGAGUAGAAAGUCCAAAUGGGAAGAGGACAAUAACACCUUGAUGAACCAGCAGAAUGCAGCUAUCAGUAUGAAUAAUAUGGCUGUACAGGGCAUGAUGCAAUAUCCUAACAUGAUGCAAUAUCCUAACAUGAACAAUAUGAUGCUUCCGCAACAAUUGGAUGCAUCACAGAUGCCAGGAAUGAUGCCGACAAUGAAUAUGAUGGGUGGGAUGAUGCCAAACAUGAUCGACCAGAAUAUGAUGAUGGUGAACCAACAGCAACCGAUGCUGUUGAACAACCAACCAAUAUUCUUCAGCAGUGGACUAUUACUACCACCAAUCCCAGGAGAACAGGCUCCACUACGAAGGGAGAAGCCUAAAGGAUGCCGCACCGUAUCUGUUGGAGGUCUUCCGAAGACAGCAUCUAUUGAUGUUGUCGGUGAGAUAUUUCAGCGAUUUGGUGCUAUUGAUGAUGUCAAGUCUCCCAGGAUAGGAGUCUACUUAGUCAGAUAUGCAAGGCCGGAGAGUGUUGAGCAAGCGUUUGCUUUAUCAGGAUUUCGAUUGAAAUAUCAUGAUCAAAAUGAAAACGAGGCAACCCCUUUAUUUUUGGAUUAUGCUUUGAACCAAGACGAUCGGACCGAAUAUGAAAAAGCUCAAAGGAGAAGAGAGCCCACACCACCCCGGGUUGAACCAUUUAAUCAAUCCAAUCUGAGUACCAUUGCUGAACAAAUUAAAAGCGAAGAUAAAUUUGCGGCUUCUGCUCAUACUUUGGCAUACUGGCUUGAGCGUGGCGAAUGUAACAAAAAGAACGCAAAUGUGUUCUAUUCUUUGAUACAAGCGAGCAACAAUCAAAUCCGCCGCCUGUUUAAUGAGAAAAUGCAACUGGAUGAAGAAUAUCAAACUCUGAAGACUCAAAUCAAGGAAAAGUUCUCCCACGUCAUCCAUCAAUUCGAGCAGGUUGCGAAAAUACUUUCGGCGGCGAAACAUCAACGCGUUUCUGAUCACUUCACGAAGCAACAGCGCAGGAACAUCGAGAUGUGGCUUAAAAUGACCGAGGAACUGGAAAACAUCAGAGAAGAGUAUAAUGCAACAUUUGACGAAGAUGAGGAAAAGGUUGACAAACCGGGUAAGAAUAUGGUUCCUUUGGAGAAAUAUGAAGAAUUGAGGAUGGAGAAUGAGAAUUUGACGUAUGAGCUGGAGGGAUACAAAAACGAGGCACAUUUGGCUAAGAGUGAGGCUGAAAGGAAGUUUGAGAAAUUCAAGGCACAUUUCAUUGCUGAAAACGCUUUAAAAAAUAAUAAUCAGACCUUCCCACCUCUGCCACCUCCACCGAAAGUACCGGACAUUCUACAGAAACCGAUGCCCCCACCACCGACACCAGACGACAACAAAGUGGUCACCUCCGGUCCUGCUGUACCACCUUCAGAAGCUAAACUUAUCAGCAUCUUAACCGCAUUCCUCAUGGUUCAUCCUUUAGGGGCUUCACUAGACUAUCUGGUGUCGUAUGUACGAUCAAUGACGCCAAACGUCACUCACGGGACCGUUUUAGACAUAUUGCAAAAGUAUUCUGACGUGUUCCUGUGUCAAACUCGAGGCGUGGGAGCAACCAUAGAGCAUAGAUGGACUUAUAUCACGUUUGACAUAAUUAAAACCGAAAUAAUUUAAUGUCAAAUAAUUUUUAUAGUAGACUAUAUUUUUGGUAAAGCUUUUUAAUUACAUAAACUAGAUAUUUUGUAAUGUUAAGUAACUAAAUAAUGUCAAUAAAGUUUUUAGAUUUUA